AUGGAUAAGUACGACGACCUGGGCCUGGAGGCCAGCAAAUUCAUCGAGGACCUGAACAUGUACGAGGCCUCCAAGGACGGCCUCUUCCGCGUGGACAAGGGUGCAGGCAACAACCCCGAGUUUGAGGAAACCCGCAGGGUGUUUGCCACCAAAAUGGCCAAAAUCCACCUGCAGCAGCAGCAACAGCUCCUGCAGGAGGAGACCUUGCCCAGGGGAGGCCUGGGCCCUGCCAAUGGUGGAGGACGCCUGGGCAGCAAGCUGGCCCUGGAUGGUGCUGCCAAGCCUCCUCUCGCUGCCUCCAUGGUGGCACCUGGGCCAGCCACUGGCAUCACAACUGCGCAGCCCUUGUGCCCACCCCAGGAGCAGAGAGCCAGGCCAUACACGCGUGGCCUGAGAUAUGGCGGUCAGGAUGGUGGCUCGCGGGAGAACCUGGAGAAUUCUGAGUCACCUGCUUCCCACCGACCAGGCACCUGCGAGGAUUCCACCUGCCUCACUCACGGGGACUAUUAUGACAACCUCUCUUUGGGGAAAUGGGACAAUGAGUCAGGAGUGCCCCCUCACAUCAGGUCAGGUGUGGGAAGUGGGUGGUCUGGCCAUCCAGGGAGUGGUCCAUCACUGCCCAGACCUUCUGGGGACCAUCACCUGUACCAGCCCCAGGUGCCCAGGAGCUCCAGCAAGUCAUUUGACAGUGGCCUUGGUGGGCAAGAUGGUGGCCUGGGUGGCAGUAAUGAGAGGCCAGCAGGCCCCUGGUCCACCUUCUCCUCCCAGCGGGUGAGCUCUGGCCUUCCUUCCUCAGGCCUGGAGAACGGGCCUGUCUUGGGAUCCUCUCUACCCAGGACCCCUUCUUUCUCGACACCCCCAACCCUGACUGGUACAGGUCAGGAAGCUCAGCUAAGAACAAACUCAGGAAUGGGAACUGAGGUUUCGGGUGUGAUGCCCAAGUCCACAGUGGACCCUCAGCCCUGGUUCCAGGAUGCACCCAAGUGCUAUCUUUCCAAUUCUACCCCAUCCUCCUCCUCCACCGGCAUGGACAGCUCGAAGAUGGGUGUGGUUUCUAGGCCAGGACCCAAGCUAGGCUGUGCAGACCAGGGCGCUGGUCCCAAACUCAGUCCCACAAGCCGUGUCCAUCCAGCCUUGCCCACCCCAUCUGAGUUAUCCUGUAAGGAAGGGCCCCCAAGCUGGUCUACUGAUGGAGGCCAAGGACCUGUGCUCCCAGAGAGCCCCAGCCCCCCCAAGGUGAGGCUGCCCUGCCAGACCCUUGUUCCUGGCUCUGAGCUUGGACCUUCAGCCGCUGAGUUGAAAUUAGAAGCCCUCACCCAGCAUCUGGAGCGGGAGCUGGAUGUCCACCCGAAGGCUGACUACUUCGGAGCCUGUGUGAAGUGCAGCAAAGGCGUCUUCGGGGCCGGCCAGGCCUGCCAGGCCAUGGGGAACCUCUACCACGACGCGUGCUUCACCUGCGCGUCCUGCAGCCGCAAGCUGAGGGGGAAAGCCUUUUAUUUUGUCAACGGGAAAGUGUUUUGUGAGGAAGACUUCCUGUACUCCGGCUUCCAGCAGUCCGCAGACAGGUGCUUUCUUUGUGGACAUCUGAUCAUGGAUAUGAUUCUGCAGGCCCUGGGCAAAUCCUACCACCCGGGCUGUUUCCGCUGUGUCAUCUGCAAUGAGUGUUUGGACGGGGUGCCCUUCACCGUGGACUCAGAGAACAAGAUCUACUGUGUCCGCGAUUACCACAAGGUGUUGGCCCCCAAGUGUGCUGCCUGCGGGCUCCCCAUCCUUCCACCUGAGGGCUCAGAUGAGACCAUCCGUGUCGUGUCCAUGGACAGAGACUACCACGUGGAAUGUUACCACUGCGAGGACUGUGGGCUAGAACUCAAUGACGAGGACGGCCACCGCUGCUACCCGCUGGAGGACCACCUCUUCUGUCACUCCUGCCACGUCAAGAGGCUGGAGAAGGGGCCCUCGCCAGCCGCCCUUCACCAGCACCACUUCUAG